AUGACCUCGACGAAGCGCCUGACAGCCGACUUUUUGAUGUCCCAUGCUGGCCUCUACGACCUCGGCAGCACCAAAGAGCUCAUUCUACGCCAGGAAGGCCUAGCCGAGAUUGACGACGCGUGCGCGCAGGAGCUCAGUGCGCUCGAGCUCCUCUCACUCUCUCACAACGCGCUGACGAGUCUGCAAGGCUUUGCGCAUCUCGUCAACCUCGUCGAGCUCAACAUCAACUUUAACCAAGUGACGUCGCUCGAGUCGCUGCAGUGCUUUGGCCUCCAAAAACUGUACGCGGCCAACAACUGCAUUGCGUCACUGGCGCCGCUCCGCGCCUUCCCAAAGCUGUCGCACAUCUCGAUCUUUGGCAACGCGAUCUUGGACUUGGACGCAGCGCUGCAUACGUGCAAGCACCUCCUCAAGCUCAAGAGCAUCGAUCUGGACGGCAACCCGUGCGCGCGUCUGCCUGGAUACAAGUACCACGUCCUGCGCGCGCUUCCUCGUCUACGUGCGCUCGACGGCGACGUCGUGCAAGCGCUGGACCGCGACCUCUGCGAUGUGCCUCCACCCGUCCCGAGCUCGAGCUUGCGCGCACGGCCGUCGACGCCGUUCCAGGCAGAACACGUCGAGGAGUUGCGCGGCCACGUGCAGCUCUUCCGCGACGACUUUCUCAACAACAACCCGAUCUUGCUCGAGUACCUCGCCCAGAGCCGGCUCUCGCCCAACGAGCCCGCCGACGAGGAGGCGCCAACCAACAUUGAGAUCGAAAACAACAAGUCGGUGUUUGUCGAACGCAUGCGCUUGGCCAACCCCGACCCGUCGGGGGUCGAAGGCGGUCACUCGGAGCCUCCGCUCACAACGCCUCGCCCGUCGACGCCGUCGGUGGCGCUCUCGUUCCACGCGGUCGUCGACCCGUCGGACCCGAGCACGACGAUUCGGAAGCUCCUCAAGCACAUCGAAGGCCUCUCGGAAAUGGUGUCGCACUACAAGAGCCUCGUGGGCGACGCUGCCAUCAAGACACUGCGCCAAGAGAACGCGCAGCUGCAGACUGAAGUCAACAACAUUCCGAUUCUGCAGCAAGAAAUCCACGAGCUCAAGAAACAGCUCUUUGUGCGACCGGCCGCAGACCCCGCCGUUGAAGCGCGCUGCACGCAGCUUCAGAUGGAAAAUGCGUGCUUGACGCGGCAAGUGGCCAAGCUCCAAGCCAUUCUCGACGCCAAGGCGACGUCGCCGGACGUCGUCUCCAAAGAAGAGAUCCUCCACGAAGCGGCGUCCGUGGACCUCGAGCUCACGGAGCUCAUUUUGAAAAAUGAGAUUUCGCUCCAGCUCAUGCGGCAUAGCAUUCAAAAAACCAAGCUCGAGCUCCAGAACGAGCGCGUCGCCGAGCGGGUCGGCGUCCGGCGCCCCAUGACGAGCGCGGGUCCUGGCGACCGCGUCUCGUGUGCGGAGCGAGCGCCAAGCUUGGAGCGCCCGACGCGCGUGGCCCCUCGGGCCAUCCACACGUCGGCCGGUCCGCGCGUCGCCAUCAAGUUGCACAAAGCGUCGAUGAAGAAGAGCGGGACAACCAAGAAAAAGUCGACGCGGCCGCGCACGAUCAAAGAGGACGAGGUCGUCGAAGGCAACAACGCGCCUGAGGCCGCGGCCGACGUGCUCGUGCUAGCGUGA